GCCACGUCACAACUGUGCUGCGACCCCCCUGUGCUGGGUUUUUUGUGUUACUUUAACACAUGUAGAAUUAGUCAUUAUUUAAAUAUUAAAAAUGGACGAAAUUUCAAAUAAGCUUAUUUCAGAUAAUUUAAUUAUAAAAUCAGAAUUUAUUGAACUAUCAACUUAUUAAGUAGUGUUCAGCUUAAGGGUACGUUUCCUUGGAUACUCCUUUAAAAGUUUUGAACACGCGAUUAUUUCGUGUAGGAAUUUUGGUUGUAAUUCUUUACUCGACCCGAUUUUACACACACAGUUUUUGUAUUCCUUUUAUAAGACGUAUGAAUAAUUUUUCCAUUGACAUGCCCAGGAAGUCAUUAAAACUAUCAAUUGUAUUGCAUAUUAUAGAAGUCAAUUGUCCCGGAGUAUGGAUUUGUUCGAAAGGCAUGAUUUAUCUAGAUAUGUGUAUUUUUGGACAAAAUUACAAAACUUCUUUGGUUAAUCCAAAAUUUCCUAUGCAUAUCAAUGAAACAUUCAGUUUACAUAAUGAUUUAAUAGAAAUAUUUAAUUUGUAUGAAGUUCAAAGAUAUUUAGAAGAACAUUUUAUGCUAAUAACUUUAAUUCAAGUUUACGAAGAAAAAUUAAUUACUUUAGCAACGUUUAAGGCUCGUGUUGACCAAGUCUUGUAUCCUACAUCAAACCUCAGUAUUGAUGGGAAAACGUCACUUUUAAUGAAUAAUGAACCUAUAUUUCCGGGAAUAAUUGCGCCAAAAGUUGUGGUUGUAACCAAAACAGACAUUUACGAAGAAUUAAAUUCCUUAAGGCACGAUAAUUUUAAUUCACCUGAAAUUCAGCACUGUUUCAAAAGAAGAAAUAAAGUACACCAUGCUAAACUGCAAGAUUGUGUUUUGAAAAAACACGAAUUAUUUGUACAUGAACGCAAAAUAAAAAACUUCGAACCGAUUAAUCAAUAUUUAUUAAAGAAUAGAAAGGACCAUUCAAUGAUACAAAACACUAGCUGUUUCUGUAAAUUUUCUCAUGUUUGUUAUCCCUAUCAUGGAACUUUUUCUAGUAAAAGAACAGUACUAAUCUUUUGGGCCCAAUAAAGUUCUCUAAUAAAACAAUUAAUUUUGAUGAAGACGAGCCAAGAAAAGUUAGUCCAAAAAUGACAGAUAAAUCAAGAUUAGGCCAAAAAUGCUGCAAAUGUGGUGAUUCUCAGUGUACACUAAGUUCAAUUUAG